AUGAUUUGCGCGCCCGAAUCUUUUCUUUACGAUCAUCAGGUUUGCCAAAACUUAGACUCCUACUCGUCUUAUCGUGACUCUCGUUCGUCAUUAUCAUAUACCGAGCAACAAUCCGAAUUAUCCAAAUCAUCAACGGUCUAUGUUGGAAAUCUAUCCUUCUUUACAACUGAAGAGCAAAUCUUUGAACUUUUCUCUAAGAUUGCUCCGAUCAAACGAAUCAUCAUGGGUUUAGAUCGAAAUUCAAAAACACCUUGCGGAUUUUGUUUUGUUGAAUAUUAUGAACCGAUUGAGGCACUUGGCUGCUUACGUUACAUCUCUGGCACUAAGCUCGAUGAAAGGAUAAUCCGAGCUGACCUUGAUCCAGGCUACAAAGACGGAAGACAGUAUGGUAGAGGCAAAAGUGGUGGUCAGGUCAGAGACGAAUAUCGAGAAGAUUAUGAUGUAGGGCGUGGUGGAUGGGGGCAUCUGAAACAACGGCAAGAAGAGAGAGAAAGACAACUUCAACAAGAUGCUGUUUAUCGUGAUGAUCAUGAUGUUGGUGGAAACCGAGAUGUUCCGGAUGGAAUGGGAGAAAGAGUAAGUUUUGAGAUAUUCAACAGCCAAGGCAGACUAAAAAGAUUUUUUAAUUGA